AGUAGAGACAAUCAAAGCUAGAUUGUGUUAAGGAAAAAGAAGUAUGAGAGCCACUUUUGCAGUGUUUGCUAUCUUCUCCCUUUACUCGCUUGCUUUCAAGUUGGAUGCAAGAAAGGAAUUAGAAGAAAAUACACCUUUAAAGAAAUCUGAAUCAAAACCAAACAUCCCUUCUUACUUGAAAUAUCAAAAAAAAUCACCACAAAAUGAUUUUCAGCCCAUAUCCAUCCUUCCAAUUUAUUUAAAAUAUAAAAGUCGCGAUGAUUCCGAUAAAGAAAAGUCUCAAUCAAAUAAUUUUGAGCCCAAACGCAAAUUUCCUAUUAAUUUCAAAUAUCAAAAUGGUGGUGCUGGUGAGCAAGAAAAGUCACCAUUUAAUGAUUUUCAGCACAAACCCAAUAAUCCUCUUUUUUUCUAUCAAAGUGGAGGUGCUGACGAGCAAGCAAAGUCACCACUAAAGGAUUUUCAGCACAAGCCUAACAAUCCUCUUUUUUUCUAUCAAAGUGGAAGUGCUGACGAGCAAAAAAAGUCACCACUGAAUGAUUUUCAGGACAAACCCAAUAAUCCUCUUUUUUUCUAUGCAAGCAGAGAUGUAAACAAGCAAGAAAAGGUAAUACUGAAUGAUUUUCAGCUCAAACUCGGUAAUCCUGGUUUUUUCUAUCAAAGUGGAGGUGCCGACGAGCAAAAAAAGUUACCACUGAAUGAUUUUCAGUACAAGCCCAAUGAUCCUCUUUUUUUCAUUCAAAGUGGAGGUGCUGACGAGGAAGAAAAGUCACCAGUGAAUAAUUUUCAGCACGAACCCAAUAAUCCUCUUUUUUUCUAUCAAAGUGGAGAUGGGCACGAGCAAGAAAAGAUAACACUAAAUGAUUUUCAGCUCAAACCCAAUAAUCCUCUUUUUUUCUAUCAAAGUGGAGGUGCCGACGAGAAAGAAAAGUUACCACUGAAUAAUUUUCAGCAUAAAUCCAAUAAUCCUCUUUUUUUCUAUCAAAGUAGAGGCGCCGACGAGCAAGAAAAGUCACCACUGGAUGAAUUUCAGCAGAAACACAAUAAUCCGCUUUUUUUCUAUCAAAAUGGAGGUGUCGACGAGCAAGAAAAGUCAUUAAUAAAGGAUGUUCAGCCCAAGCCCAAAUUUCCUAUUUACUUCAAAUAUAAAAAUAAGGGCAAUAAUCUUUUAAGUAUGCAUGAUAUGAAUAGUAAUAGCAAGCAUGAUUCUAGUGUUCAUGGUCAUCAUAAUUUAGCAUUAAUUAUCCCCUUCACAAAGAAUGAUCUAAAAGUAGGUAACAAAUUGCCAGUCUAUCUCCCAGCCAUAAAUCACUCAAGCAAAGAUCCCCCAUUAUUGCCUAGAGAGCAAGCUGAAUCCUAUCCGUUCUCAUACAAACAAUUUCAUUAUAUUCUUGAUCUCUUUUCAGUCGCACCUAAUUCUCCUCAAGCAAAAUCAAUGGAAGAAGCACUCGUAUUUUGUGAGAGCAAACCUAUUUCAGGAGAAACUAAAUUUUGUGCUACUUCUUUUGAGGCGAUGAUCGAUUUUGUGAGUAACACAUUUGGAUUAGCUUCUGAAAACUUCAAAGCUGUAACAUCUACGCAACUCACAAAGUCAAAGAACAAAAAACAAAAUUAUACAAUAACUGAAGUUCCUAAAGAGAUACAAACUGCGAAGCAAAUAUCAUGCCAUCCCAUGUCUUAUCCUUACAAAGUCUUUUAUUGUCAUACCCCAAAGGACACAAAGGUUUUUAGGGUUUCACUUGUCGGCGAGAAUGGAGACGUAAUUGAUGCUAUCGCAGCUUGCCACUUACGCGAGGUUGGUGGUAAGCCAACAGAUGUUUGCCAUUUCUUCCCAUCAGACCAUAUGGUGUGGAUUCCAACAGAAGCCUAAGAUCAGAUGAACAAAUGUUGGUCAUCUUGUUUUGUGUUUCUUUUAUGUUGUUGUUGCUUGAUAUAUAUAGUAAUCAGGCAUCACUUUUUGUUUUUAUGUUUUGGGUUCCAUGAAUCCCAAACUUGAAUAAACGCAACUGCUAGUUGUGUGUUUGUAUAUAUGUGAACAUUUUCUGAAAUUGGAAUGCUUUAUUAGUAGUCUUUGAA